GGGGCUGCACGGAGCGUGAUUCGCCGAAUCCAGCGGCAAAGGACGUCAGUACCUCGAUUUCAGCAACAGAACCCAAGGACAUUCCUGGAUGUCCGUCCCAUCUUUUAAUUCUUGGAAUCCUCUGAGUAUAACAAUACCUUGUUUAUCUUCUUAUUUUGCCUCUGUUCAGCUCUGAUUUCCGUGUGAUACGUCAAAAUUCUGCACAAGAAAUACCCUCUUCGUGCCGUUUGCAGAUCUCGCGCCGCCUUAUAGUCAUUGUGACAUUGACCUACAAAGUACUUAACCGCCACCAGAUUGUCGCACUGGAAGACUUCAUCAUGUUUUGAUUUCACUGUUCCAAAGCAUUGACACGUGUUGAAGCUGGGUACUCCAUCUCAAAAUGACGUCGUCGACUACUUCAUCGGCCGUAUCGCACAGCGUGCCGUCCCUACCAUUCGCAAGUAAACUAAGUGAACAGUUAUCGCAAAGGAAGGAACAAGGUGAAUCUACAACCGAUACGGAAUCUUCAGGAAAAUCUACUUCACUUGGUCCCCCAUUGCGUCCUUCACCCAAGUCACGGUCGUUGUCCGACGCGCCAAAACCUACAUCUGCACGUUCCACCCCCGAAGAACACCAGCCGUCGAGUAAAGAUGAUAACUCUCUUUCAUCUACCCCAGAAACACCUCGUCGGCCUUCUAUGCAUGGCUUACCCCUAAACUUGCCUUCGAAGCCUUCUGGACCCUCGUCCUUAUCGAGUCGUGCUCCACUCUCCCCGAAGCUUGAUUCGUCCCAGAUCUACGGCUCCCCGGGCUCUGUCCUCCCUCGACGCUCCCGUGGUCUCGACUUUUCUCGCGCCUGUACCAACCUUCAUCACUCUACGCUUGCCGAAACAUCGCCUGAUUCUUCACCAAUAAUUGGUGGACGGGGAAUGACAAUCCCCCAACGCCGAGGCUCUAUGGGGUCGACUUCAGUACCUCCGUUUUCUACAUCUGGGCCCGCUGAUAGAACGGCAAUCUCAAGCUCUGUAUCAAGUGUGAACAUGAUGGAGUCAGAUACAAGCAGCAGCGAGGAAGAUGACGAGCCGAUGAUUGGCGAUAGGGAUGACAUGAUAAUGAAUACACCGCAGGCCAAUAAGAUGGGUAAUGCUUUUGCGGUGGGAAAUGUGCCCAGUCCGGGUAACGAUUGGAUGGGUGGUUAUUCGCAGGCAGCAGCAAGUCUUAUGAGCUUUCAGCGGGCCAGGUUCCGCAAAGGACGUAGUAGACAUAGCUCUAGCAGUGCUAGCGGAAACAGUUCGAAACCCAGUCCUGGCCCACUGUCUCCGCCGGUGAUGAAGAGCAUUGAGAAUCAGAAUGGUUACUUUGGCUCACGGUCUAGCUUGAGUGCACGGCGUGAAAGUCUGAGUUUGGGUACUCGUGAUCUUCGUCUCUCUGACUUAAGUGACGAAGGGGAGAACCGGGGUAACAGCCCAGGUACUUCGAACUCCGAGGGCGGGCCCUUGGGCGUUAUUCGACGGGCUGUAACACGCAGAAGCAGUUUAUUGCCAAAAACGAAGACCUUCGCGCGUAUUCGAGCUGCAUUGAUGGAGGAAUCAGCCCCUAUCGACUGCGAGGCGAAACGGGAAGCCGAGGUCAUUCGGCAGGUCCGGGAAAGCGAGCCAGAAAUUCCGCAAACAUCACCCAGUUUAGAUGCCCUCUCGUCGAGUAAUCCCUUCCAGCCAACUGAUCUGAACCGUAAUUUGGAUGAUAUGCCUGCGAAAACUGGAACCUCUGUUCCCGAUGAACCUAGCUUCAGCGAGGAAGCCCAUCGAAACUCUGCUGGUGCCGAGUUUUGGAAUUCUUUCGAUGAACGCUAUCGUACGCCGCCGCCGCCGCCUCGACGCCAGACGGGAACUUCGGUAUCUGAGGAUGAUCUCUCCAUGGAUAUCACGCCCUCAACUACUAUGGGAUCGAAUUCUGAGUUCGCGAAACCGAGCGACAGGCCUAGCUCCCGCUGUUCGACUCCAAUCGCAACACAGCCAAUCUCGAUAUUGGAAUUUAAAAGGAAACGGCGCCGUGAGGACGAUUUCGAUCCGAACCUAUUCAAGCGAAGGGCGGUGUCUCCGAGUAUGAGCGUCCAAAGCAGUCCAGUGAUGCCUAAUUCACCUGCUGUGAGGGAUACGGGCACCAGUAUAUGGGGUCCACCCAAAGCCAACAUCGGUUCUCUUUUCCCUGAUCAGCCAAACACUGAAAGUGGCACCCGGAAUCCAUCCACACCCAAGCAUCCAGGUCAUCUGAAGCGAGUGGGUCUACAAGGGAUGACUGAAACGAACGAUGGUCUCAUGAAUAUGAGCAUCGAGUGAUUGUCGACAUUCUUGACACCCAAGCGUUCUUCUCCACGAGCCGGGCUCGUUUCUUCGUACCACUACCCUAAUAAUUUUACCUCAGCAUGUCUUUCUUUCAUUCCUGUGUUUAUUUUAGCGUGGAGCCGUUAUAUACGUUGGACUGGUUGGACAUUGCCUUCGUUUAUUCCGUACAUGGCGUUAAGCGGGAGCCUUGUGGUUGGGUGACAAUAACGUUUUAGUAGUAUAGUUUCAACUUUUUCUAAUACAUCGAUAUCACACAUAGCACCCAAUCAAAACAUCAUAUUUUAAUC